CCGGUUAGGGGAGCGGGAGCGCGCACAGGGGCUUAGCGCGUUGUGAGCAGCAGGCGGCGGCUCGAUCAUCAGUCGAGCCGUGUUUCUCUGGGGGCAGUGGGAGGUUGAUUCUCCCCCUGAGUGGUUAACGCAGUGUGUUGUAUGUUUUUUUUGGUGCGGGGCCGCUUUCUUUUGUAUUUUCUUCCCGAUUGGUGGCUGAGCUCGCGCUCUGUUUCUCAUCUGCUCUAGAAAGCCCUUUUCCCACCUUCUCCUUUUUCCCUCUCGGUGUGUCUUUUAUAACCCUCUUUUGUUUUGCAACCUGCCGCAUCAUGUCGACAUGAUCCGUGCAGAGAACAAUGGCUAUUCUCGGCAUUGCGAAAAGAGCAGUGGCUCUCACUCACCUCGGCCGUAAACGCUGACUGUGGAGAAUAACCGUGCGUAAAUUAUUUUUGUUGUUGUCGUCGUCGUCGUCGUCGUCCUGCCAUCAUUCAGCCAGACACCUUUAGCGGCAUCGAUUUCUCGUUCUGCUCAUCAUCAUCAACUUCACCAUCAGCCGCCCACCCCCUGUCUUUUAUUCCCAGAUCAGGAGGGCUCUUAUUUUAAUCAGGAGGACGAACGCCAACUGUUGGGUGGGUUGUGAGGGAAUUUGUGCGCUCCCUCUCUCGAAGCAAAGGACCUGUGAAGGCAUUUUAUCUCGUCGUUUCUGGGCACCGAGCUGUGGGAUUUUCUUUCUUAUUUUUCUAACGUUAUUCGGGCGAAAAUGGAGGCUGUUAUCGAGAAGGAAUGCAGUGCUCUCGGUGGAUUGUUUCAGACCAUCAUCGGCGACAUGAAGGGGAGCUACCCAAUCUGGGAAGAUUUUAUUAACAAAGCGGGUAAGCUGCAGUCCCAACUCAGGACAACCGUGAUGGCUGCUGCGGCCUUUUUGGAUGCAUUUCAGAAAGUGGCAGACAUGGCUACGAAUACACGUGGUGCAACAAGAGAAAUUGGUUCAGCAUUAACCAGAAUGUGUAUGAGGCACAGAAGUAUAGAGUCUAAACUUCGUCAAUUCUCAGUAGCUCUGAUCGAUUGCCUGAUAAAUCCACUUCAGGAUCAAAUGGAAGAAUGGAAGAAAGUGGCCAACCAGCUGGACAAGGAUCAUGCAAAAGAAUAUAAGAAAGCUCGACAAGAAAUCAAAAAGAAAUCGUCUGAUACAUUGAAGCUUCAGAAGAAGGCAAAGAAAGGAAAAGGAGACAUUCAACCCCAGUUGGACAGUGCUUUACAAGAUGUAAAUGAUAAAUACCUUCUGCUUGAAGAGACAGAAAAACAAGCUGUUCGUAGAGCCCUCAUUGAAGAACGCAGUCGCUUUUGUGCUUUUGUUUCCAUGUUGCGACCUGUGGUUGAAGAAGAGAUGUCAAUGCUGGGAGAAGUAACCCAUUUGCAGACUAUUACAGAUGACCUGUCUAACCUGACGAUGGAUCCUCACAAAUUACCAACAGCCAGUGAGCAGGUAAUUAUUGACCUGAAGGGCUCUGAUUAUAACUGGACAUAUCAAACCCCUCCCUCUUCUCCAAGCACCACCAUGUCUAGGAAGAGCAGUGUCUGCAGCAGUCUGAACAGCGUUAACAGUAGUGACUCCAGAUCCAGUGGAUCCCACUCUCACUCCCCCACUUCACACUAUCGCUACCGCAGCUCCAACCAACCCCAGCAGGUUCCAAUGAGGCUUUCCAGUGUGUCAUCCCAUGAUUCUGGCUUCAUGUCUCAGGAUGCAUUCCAGUCUAAGUCACCUUCCCCAAUGCCGCCGGAAGGAACCAACCAGAAUUCGUCAAGCUCUGCCUCUUCUGAAGCAUCUGAAACGUGCCAAUCAGUGAGUGAGUGCAGUUCACCCACUUCCGUAAGCUCGGGUUCUACCAUGGGAGCCUGGGCAUCAACAGAAAAGUUGACAAAUGGGUUUGAUCACUUCAGUUCAUCUAGUGAACCAUAUCUUGCCUCAGUUGGUGCACACUUUCUCCCACAUUUUCAGCCCUCUUCCCGACCCUGUUCCAGACCUUGUUCAGCUGAUCUCCCCGUUUAUCCUCAUUAUUAUACCAUUGGACCUGGCAUGUUUCCUUCAUCCAAAGUUCCUAGCUGGAAGGACUGGGCCAGACCAGGUCCUUAUGAUCAACCAGGAGUAAAUACACUACCAAGGCGUAAAGACUCAGAGCAGCGGCGAGAUGUUGAGGCUAAGACUCCAGUGUCUGUUGGCCAGAAUGUACAAAUAGAGGAGGCUCAGAGAACUAGAAGUAUGACUGUGUCUACUGCAUCAAGGCAGGGGGAGGAGGCAGAAAGUCAUGAAGAACUAGCUUUGGCCCUCAGUAGAGGCCUACAGCUGGAUACUCAGAGGAGCAGCAGAGAUUCAUUGCAGUGCUCCAGUGGAUACAGUACACAGACAACCACACCAUGUUGCUCUGAGGACACAAUCCCUUCACAAGUUUCAGAUUACGAUUACUUCUCAGUUAGUGGUGAUCAAGAUAUUGAACAGACGGAGUUUGACAAGUCCUCCACUAUUCCACGAAAUAGUGAUAUAAGCCAGUCCUAUCGUCGAAUGUUCCAGGCAAAGCGCCCUGCUUCUACAGCAGGUUUACCAACCAACAGUGGACCAGUGAUGAUGACACCAGGAGUUGCAACAAUCAGGCGGACGCCUUCAACCAAACCAUCAGUCCGAAGAGGAACUAUAGGAGGGGGCCCGAUACCAAUUAAGACUCCGGUGAUUCCUGUUAAAACACCAACUGUGCCUGAUGUAGGUAGCGUUUUAGAUGCGCAACCUGGGCCAGAGGAAUGUCCAGAACAAGGUUCUGAGGAUGUAGAAAUUGUACAGGUCUCUCCAAAGAGAAGCAGUGUACCAUCAUCUGGUUGCCCAUUGGCACCUGUUGUCCCUCCUGUGCCAUCCCAAUCUCUUAGCCCCACAGAUGAUGAAGAGAGGCAGUCUCUGAUGAACCAGCAGAUGAUUUCAGAAGUUGGAGCAGCCAACCUGGGUACCACACUGACAGCUGCAUCUGGGGAGCAGCUUUGUACCGAUUCAGCUUUGACCCUGCAAGAGUUGGAUACGGCAGGUGAGCAUUCCACGGCUGAGGCUGCGGAGCCCCCUCAAGGUGAAGAUAUGUUGAGCGCAAUCCGACGUGGAGUGAAACUGAGAAAAACCACUACUAAUGAUCGCUCAGCACCAAGGCUUUCAUAAAGGUAUAAAUUGUGGAGAUUAAAGUAGAUACUCUGUCACUCAGAGCAAUCUAUUUUGUUAGAAUCUCAAUGACAUACCACCAUGUAUUUUAUUUAAGAAGCUCAUGAGAGGGGAAACUGAUGAAAGAGAGAGAAAAGGCAGUAAGGGGACAGCGGGGCGGUAGGGCAAAUAGUAGGGAUGGGAAAUUCUUACUAAUUGCAUUACCCUUUUGGAAUUUAUGGUCUGUAAAUUUAAAAACCUGUUUUCUGUUAUAGCUUUUUACUUUACCAGUUGCUUUUUCCCCUUCUACCAAACCAGAAGGUGCCAAAUCAUAUCUGACAUGCUAUAAAUUUCAUUGUAAUUUGAUAGAGCAUAACAUGUUCAAUUUUAUAAAACUCUGGAAUGAAAAAUUUCAUUUAAAGGCAUAUCAUGUAAAGCAAGCUAAUGAAGAAUGCCCAAAUUAAUGGGGCAUAAAAAAAGUGAUAGCUUAGUGGGAUUUUGUUCAUGUUAUUUCUUCAUUUCUUUAGGAUGGAGCGAUAAGCAACAUCAUUCAGUAUUAAGUUUAGUUACUGUCCAAACAGUAAAUUGUGGAAAUUAUAACUACCAGCUAACAUAUUUUAAGCAAUACAGAACAAAUAGGGCAUAAUGAGUCAGUAUGAAUUUAAUGUUUAGUUAUAGAGUGCCAUGACAAUGACCGCCCUUACAAAAUGGAUGUUUUUACACUGAUAGCUAGGCAUACUGCAGUUUUAUAGUGCUUAAUGUUGAUCCUGUUGAAAUGAGCCAUAUCUAAUCACACAGCUUAUAAUUUCAUAUCCUGUUGUAGGCAUUGCUUUCGUUAAAUCUAACUGUCCACAGAAAUUAGAUUUUUUGAAUGCGUGUGAUUAGGUGUCAUCUCUUCAAAUCCACGUUAGUUCAUGUACUUUAUUCACCUUUCCCUUUCCCCCUCUAUUUUUCUAAUUUUAAAUAUGACUUUUAGGCUAACAUAAUGGGAAGUAUGUGAAGUCAAGUAGUAACACACCUUUUUAAAAGUCGAAGGGAGCAGGGAGUUCUGUAGGUAACAAUGCCUUUUUCUCAAAUUUUCUUCUUUAUAAAAAAAGAAAUAGAUUAACCCAGCAGGCUGGGCUCAGUUAAAACCCAUAUAAUACAACUUCAACUAUGACAGAGCAGUAGCCAUAGAAUUACAGCUCAGGUCUUAUCCCUUGUGCAAACGUACCUUCUUUUAAGAAUACUUUUGGGGGCUUGUUUGUUACGUAUUGCAGCUCAUGAUUAAUAUCUGUCCUGUUGUAAUAUUUGAAUAUAGAAAAUUACAAAAUGACAAGAGUACUGCAAGCAUUGAGUAUAGUUGCCGGAUCCUGUCUGCAUGAUUAAUUCGUCAAUAUGUAUUUAGCAUUUCUUGUAACCUUAAGUCUUAUUGUUUUAUCAGUUUUGUAUUUCAUUUGUCAGUAAAUGCUCAUUGCCUCCUCCAACCUUAUUCUCUCCCUUCUCUUGAUUCUGAACACCCUUAAGGUGUUAGCAUGAGGUGGUGACAGUAUUUUGGAAUAUCAUUUGAUUCUCAAAGCAUUUUGAAGUGUUAUCCACUUCAAGUAUUUAAAGUUCUGUUUUUAGCUCAGACUUGCAAAUAUUUUUAGAUGAUUUUUCAACACCUCAGGAAUCACAGACCACUGAAGAUGAAAUAUUUCCAUCAAGCACAGAGAAUACAAGAACAUUCUAGAGGUUGAAACAUGGAAUCUGCUGUUUGAAUUAAAUAAAUAGAUGUGAAGCUAUUUUUGAUUGUUGUAAAAUAAAAUCUAGGCAAACCAGCAAUUGAAGUUUCAUAGUUGCAACAUGUUUAAUAAACAAGCCCCUGACUAGAAAACAGCAUUGUCUUUGUAGUGUGUGCAUUGAUUCUGAAACUAAAAUGAAAUAAGAGACAGGAGUAACUGAUAUAUGGUAGUAACUCCAGCUGAUGCAGAUUGCAGAUGAUGCUAAUAAACAGAAGUUACUUAUAGCUCUGUAAAAACCUGAGAUCAUGGAGACUUAAUUGUAACCAUUAAGACCUGUAAAACUGUAGGGAAACUUUUCAAUAACAGGUAGUGUGUUGAAGUAGAUUCUUAUAUUUCAUUACGUAUCUUGCAUCUCUUCAUGAAGUUAAAUAUUAAAUAAUGUUGCCAAAAUUUUAAUAACGUGUAAACUGACAGAAUUGUUUUUGAAAUAGUAAAAUAUUGAUGUGUUUUGCAUAUUGUAAAAGCAGGCUAUCAAACUGAAACUAGAAUUGUAUCUAAUGGUAAAUUAUUGUGGUUUGUUUCUGGUUUGUAUCGAGAGUUGACCUCUCCAUGUGCAGUUUUUUUUUGGUUGACAGGUGUAAAUAUAACAAUCUAUAAUUUUGUGUCACCUGUGUAAUGAUUGCUUCAGCCCACAUUAAAGAAAUGUUCAAAAAAA